AAGAAUAUUCAUCACGUCGAAGGUCGCCUGCCGUAGUAUAUAAGCACAGUAGAUCCGACACCAACUGUCAGUUGCCCAAUCGUGCCGCAAGUAAAUCUACCGAAAAAUACAAGGAUGGCUCGCGCCGUAGUUCUUCUCUUUCUCAUCGUAGCAGUCGCUACAAUCAGUGCCUAUCCUCAAGGAUUCCAAAAAGAAUGUGGCCAAAAUGAAGUAUUCACUACUUGCGGUUCGACGUGCACGAGUACUUGCGAAAACCCAUCUCCUCGCGCCUGUACGCUGGCAUGCAAAAUCGGUUGCGAGUGUAAGCCCGGAUAUCUCAGAAAUGCGCAAAACAAUUGUGUACUUACACAGCAUUGCUAGUGGAUUAAUGUUUGAACGUUAUAAUGUUUGAACAUUAAACAAGCAACAUUAAACAAGCAAGAUGCCAAAAACGAGCCAAUUGCGUCAUCAGAAAAAUGAUAAAUAUGUAAUUACAACUUUUGUUUUGAUCAGUAUGUUGUUAUACAGAUCCUUAUAGCGCCUACUAAUCAAAAUAAUUACAUAGAAAUUAUUAUAUAACUGAUUUUUUA